AUGAGUGCUCACAAGACGACAGAUGUUUUGACUGAUGGGCUUCUUCACUCCCCAACAUUUGGUGUUACUCUAAAAGCAAAGUUUGCUAGGGCAGAAACCCAUCUACAUGAUGUAAGUGCAAAGCUUGAGGAACUCACUGAAAAACUUCCAGGUAGUGAUGAUGAUGUGAUACAAGAGUGGAAAAAGGAAGAAGUUGAAACGCUGAAACCAAAAGAACACGAAUUAACACUGCAGUACUGGGACGAAUCAUAUGUCAGCUUGUUCUUUAUGUCUAAAAAACUCAGGUAUGUAGUGUGGAAGUACCACCUACCAAAUUCAUGAUUUUCAUUCUGCGAGUACCUGAGCUUUUCGAACGUGAUUAAUGUUGUAAAAGGCGAAAUUCCUACCUAACCAAUCGUUGUGGUGGACUACGUGAAACUAAUAUUUUAGUUCAUUCAUGGGAUUAGCUAAUCCUUUGUGACUUCGGCUUGAAUAGAGCUGUUUUGUAGAGCUUUCUUCGGUCAAACCCAGUCUGGUCAAGUCAGGUAAAAAACUAGUCAGCUCAGUGGUACUUAAUAAAUAUACUUUG